GUUCGGGUGGAGGAGGGACCGAGGCGGCUGGCGGGGCAGGGAGGAAGGCCGGCCGGCAGUUGAAGAGACCCGCGGUGGUCCUCGGGAUUAAGGAAGGGGAUUUCCCUGCCCUGCUGUCCCUCCCCUUUGCCUUUCCUACACCGCCUGGGCGAGCUGCAAAACCCAGAGGCGGGAAUCGCCUUUCUCCUCCCCAUUCCCUCCUCCGGGAGCUGGGAGUGCGCCAUGUGGAUCCAGGUCCGUACCAUCGACGGCGCGCAGACCCAGACCAUCGACGACCUCAGCCGCCUCACCAAGAUCGAGAGCCUGCGCGAGAAGAUCCAGGAGAGCUUUCGCGUGAGCCCCGACCGGCAGCGCCUUUUCUACCGGGGCAAGCAGCUUGAAGAUGGACAUACAUUAUUUGAUUAUAAUGUUGGACUGAAUGAUAUAGUUCAGCUUUUGAUACGCUCAGAGUCUGAUGCUCCUACUUCUCCAUUGACUAAUAAAGAUGGAAAGCCCAAUCCCUGCACAGUUGCCAACUGUAAGAACAAAGUCAAACAAGGAGCAAACAGUGGAUCAUCUAAUCUGCCAUCUACAUCAGCCCGCUCGUUUCUUAUUGAUCCUGGCAUUGGACGAUAUAAGAUUAAUGAAUUGGUGGAUGCCCGAGAUGUCACUAUUGGAUCCUGGUUUGAAGCUCAUAUAGAAAAUGUGACACGCGCAACAAAAGGACAUAAAAAUGGAAAAGCUCAAGGAAAGAGCGGCACUAAUUACAAAAGGACUAAUGGGAACUUAAGCCAAGAUCACUCUAGAGAAAAUACAAAUAAUUUGGACAAUGCACCUUCCACAUCUUAUUCAGAUUAUAUGGACUCUGAUGAAGAUAUUAUUUAUCGUAUCAAGUAUGAUGAAUACCCGGAGAGCGGCAUCGUAGAAAUGACUGUCCGUAAUCUACGGCCACGAGCAAGAACUAUUUUGAAGUGGAAUGAAUUACGUGUGGGUGAUGUGGUGAUGGUUAACUACAAUGUAGACAGUCCAGAAGAGAGAGGAUUCUGGUUUGAUGCAGAAAUUACCAAUUUGAGGGAAAUUUCAAGGACUAACAAGGAAGUUUAUGCCAAAAUUAUGCUAGGAGGCCCAGAAGAUGUCAUAAAUGAUUGCAAACUCCUUUUUAUAGAGGAAAUAUAUAAGAUUGAAAAGCCAGGAGCAUAUCCACUGACAUUUGCAGAUGGCGAGUUCAAAAGAAAGAGUGGCCCGGAAUGCAAGCAUUGCAGAGCUGACCCAGAUAAAGAAUGUCGAUUUUGUUCUUGUUAUUUGUGUGGGGGAAAACAGGAUGCCCAUAUGCAGCUUCUUUGUGAUGAGUGUAACAUGGCCUACCACAUAUACUGCCUGAACCCACCUUUAAGCAAGAUACCAGAAGAUGAAGACUGGUACUGUCCUUCCUGUAAAAAUGAUUCUAAUGAAGUUGUAAAAGCAGGGGAAAAGCUCAAACAGAGUAAAAAGAAAGCAAAGAUGCCAUCUGCGUGCACAGACAGCCAGCGAGAUUGGGGCAAGGGCAUGGCCUGUGUUGGUCGUACUAAGGAAUGCACAAUUGUUCCUUCUAACCACUAUGGACCUAUACCUGGAGUUCCAGUUGGAGCAACCUGGAAAUUUAGAGUGCAAGUGAGUGAAGCAGGUGUUCAUAGACCUCACGUUGGUGGAAUUCAUGGACGAAGUAAUGAUGGAGCUUACUCCCUUGUGCUGGCUGGAGGAUUUGAAGAUGAAGUAGAUCGUGGUGAUGAAUUUACUUACACUGGAAGUGGUGGAAGAGAUCUUUCUGGCAAUAAAAGGAUUGGAGAACAUUCGUUUGAUCAGACUCUAACACAUAUGAACAGGGCACUGGCCCUAAAUUGUGAUGCCCCACUGGAUGAUAAAAAUGGAGCUGAAUCUAAAAACUGGAGAGCCGGAAAGCCAGUUCGAGUGGUUCGCAGCUCCAAGGGUCGAAGAAUCAGCAAAUACGCCCCUGAAGAAGGCAAUAGAUAUGAUGGCAUUUACAAGGUGGUGAAAUACUGGCCAGAAAUUGGAAAAUGUGGGUUUUUAGUUUGGCGCUAUCUUCUGAGAAGAGAUGAUGCUGAACCUGCACCUUGGACUUCAGAAGGAAUCGAACGGUCAAAGAAAUUGGGCUUGAGUUUACAGUACCCAGAAGGCUAUUUGGAAGCCAUGGCUAGUAAAGAAAAGAAGGAUAAAGUAAAAAAGCAACCUGUGAGACAGGAGCCAACAGAACACAGCAAUGGAAAUCAAAAAAGGCCAUUUGAUGAUGAAAGUAUAGAGGAACCUACAAACACAGCCAAAGCCAUGAGGAUGGGAGAUGGAGGGAAAGGAGAGUCUUUCCAGCUAACUCAACAACAGCAAUGGUUGAUUCAGGAAGACACCCCGAACCAGAAACUGUGGGAUGAAGUUCUAGUUUCUCUAAAAGAAGGACCAAAUUUUUUGAAGAAGCUGGAACAAUCUUUUAUGUGUGUGUGCUGCCAGGAACUGGUUUACCAACCGGUGACCACAGAGUGCCUCCACAAUGUUUGUAAAAGCUGCUUACAGCGUUCUUUCAGAGCGGAAGUCUUCACCUGCCCUGCUUGCCGACAUGACCUUGGAAAGGGCUACACCAUGGUUCCCAACAAGGUAUUGCAGACACUACUUGACCAGUUCUUCCCUGGUUACAGCAAAGGACGAUGAUACGUUCCCAACAUCCUUCGCCUAAUGACUUACACAGACUUUAAAAAGACAAGAAACUAGGAAAACUCAACAGUGGACCAGCUGGCUUGAGGGAAUUCACUUUACUGUCCCAUUGUGAAGCAGCUAACUCAAUCUUUUUUCCCCAUUUAGCAACCUUUUUGUGUAGUACGAACUUCGAAAUCUCAGCUGUCUUUCAACACUGAAGGUAGUUUUGGACAGAUGACAACUAGUUUGUGCCCAGAAAAAUAGAAGCCUCGGCUCCAGCCACAAUAGCAGCGGAUGCUUCGAUUUGUUUUUGUAACUACCUCAGAUGGAGGAAAACAAUUUGUGGGGGAUUUUAAGAGCACGUCAAAUGAAGUUUAGCUACACACUGCCUCCUGAAUAUUAGUUUUGCCUGGUCCAUGCAGUUUGAUUUUACAACUAGAAAACAGCACUUAAGCCAGUUUUUAUUACCGAACAUCAAACUCUGUGGUGUGCAUCAUCCUUUUUUGUGUUUCCUCCCAUUAUGCUGUAUUUCUUACUUCUUUUGCAAGAACAAGCUUUUAGUCUAUUUUUGUGAGCGUCCUUGUGCUCUCGUAUCUUAUGCAAGUUGACUACUAAUGACUGAGAACAAUAUGAAUGCAUUGUCGCUGUUAAUGUAAAGUGAUUUGUGGUUUUUGCACUUAAAGAGGGUAAUUCAAGACACUCUAGUUGUGUAAAAACUAUUUCGUAUGAAACAAGCCACUUUUGUAAUAGGUAAAAACUGUAUGCUUUUAGUAGGUCUUGUAUCAGUGGCAAUACAUCUUCUACAGCAUUGAGAGCAGUGCUAGCUUGGACAGGGCUCAACUCGCUUCAUAUUGUGAUCUGAAAUUUUAUAUACAGUAUAUUCCCCUCCCCUGAAUAUACCUUAUUAAAUAUUUUAUGAUU